AAGCCGAGCCAACAGUGGGCUAGCGCAGCGGUGCCGGCGGGACGGGUGGUAGUUGCAUGUGUUGUAUCGUCUCUGGUGUUUUAGCUUUUAGCGUGUACUGUAGAUGCAUGUCGUUCGUAGUCUGGUGUCCAACAUGGUAGUGUGAAGUCGCUUCAGAGAUCUGCGCAUCCGUAGCGGUUCAGAUGACGCAGCAGUGACACCACCGAUCAGUGAAACCAGUUUCCUCCUGUCGCGGUAGCAGCCGGUUUUUCUACUACUUGUGAGAAAACAAGGAACGUUAGUGGUGUAUUCUUUAUAUUCUUCCCAUUGAACUGCACAUCGACAAGGCGUUGGAGAGGCGCUAUGGACCGAGACAAAACACUUAGCCCGUACGAAGAAGAAAAGAUCAUACUGCAGCCUUAUCACUACAUACUGAAAAUCCCGGGGAAGCAGAUCCGCACGAAACUUGCACAGGCCUUCAACUACUGGUUGAAAAUUUCGCCAGAAAAAUGUCAAGUCAUCGGAGAGAUUGUACAGAUGCUUCACAACGCUAGUCUUUUAAUCGACGACAUUGAGGACAAUUCGUCGCUUCGGAGGGGGGUGCCCGUUGCCCACAACAUCUUUGGAGUGGCAAGCACCAUUAACUCUGCAAACUAUGUGUACUUUUUGGGCCUUGAGAAGUGCCUCGAACUUGACAACCCACGAGCAACUGCUGUCUUUACCGAGCAAAUCUUGGAGCUUCAUCGAGGCCAGGGGAUGGAAAUCUACUGGAGGGACAACUACAUUUGUCCAACGGAAAGUGACUACUCCCGCAUGGUCAAGAGGAAAACUGGAGGCCUCUUUGGGUUGGCGGUGGGACUAAUGCAGCUCUUCAGUGAGAACAAAGGCAAUUUCACCAAGCUUAUUGGUACGCUUGGUCUCUACUUUCAAAUCCGGGACGACUAUGCAAACCUGAUGCUGAAAGAGUACACAGACAACAAAAGCUUUGCGGAAGAUUUGACAGAGGGCAAGUUUUCAUUCCCGAUCAUCCACGCCAUUCAGCAGCAUCCAGAAGACCCUAGGAUUAUGAACAUUGUCAAAAAGAGAACCACAGAUCUUGAAAUCAAAAAGUAUGCAGUGGAUGUCUUGGACAAGUUGGGCUCUUUCACUUACACCAAGCAAGUUAUGCAAAAGCUGGAUGCAGAAGCACGCAAAGAGGCUGAAGAGCUGGGCGGCAACCCUUACAUUGUGCAGAUACUGGACGAGCUGAAGACAUGGUGAAGAGGACGGAGUUUACUAACGAACAGUCAUGUACAUUGUUUAUGUAUUUUAUACAGACAGAACCAAGUAUGUGUUUGUAGCGUUGUCCUGGCAUUGAAAGUUCAGUUCAAUUUUUACGUGCGAAGUACUAGUCUAACAAAGUUGAAGGGUAGGUUUCAACUGCAUUUUAUGUCCUGGAUAUACAAAACUUAAAGCCAAGAUGUGCUGAUCCUUUUUUUUUUUUUUUUGGAGGAAAUGAAAGAGGUUUAUUUGCGAAAACCAGUGAUCACUAAAUGCAUUAUCAAAAUACGAGGAGUAGAGUAUGCAUAACAAUGUAAUGUCCCCUGGUGAUAGUUUUUUUAAAUAUAAAACCUACAAGGCACAGUGUAAAACUGCAAAUAAAUGCACUGUUAUCAAUCGUAGCAGAGAACAAAGAAACCGUAAACUAUACGCUUCCGAGCUACCUCAUAUUUGUACACCACAAAAGAUUCUGAGCAAGCCAGACUUCAUAAAUGCUAUAUGUAUAAAAAUAAGUAAAAGAAAAAAAAGAUAAAGGGGGUGUGGACAUGUACAAACCUUUUUGUAAAAUACUUGAAUCGCUCCUGCAAAAGCUACGCAUCACACAGAAAAUAAAUUGUUGCUGUAGUGGUAUGUGCCGAAAGGUCCAUUAGGGAAAAUGAUUAGCGUUCAGUAUAAUUGGGUAAUUAAUUACUUUUUAGUAAUUACAAUGUUAAUUUUAAAGACAUGGUUUCAGUUAGAAACUUGCUGGGCAUAUUGGAAAACUGCUAAAUUCACCCUUAUCACAAUGAUAUAGGGCACGCUCAGCAUUUUACGGCAUUCCGAAAAAAUUCCUAAUUUGGAUGCAUUUCUAGGUUUCAGUUUUUUUACUGAUGCGCUUCUCCAUGCCAGCAAUCCUACUGCCCGUGGCCAAAACGUGCAACGUAUGUGCGCCACCACGCAUGGCACGUAGAAGGGGCUGGGUAAGAAAGUCUCCGAACUGCCACGAGCUUUGGCUAUGCACCUUUACGUACGAUGCGUGGCAGCACACGCACAUUGCGCAUUUUGGCCACAGUGGGCGGGACUGCUGAUAAAAAAAACGAAACCUAGAAACUCUUUCAAAUUUAGCAAUUCUUUGGAACGCCAUAAAAUGCUGCGCAUGCCUUAUAUCAUUGUAUGGGUGUAUUUAUUAGUUUCCAUCAAGUUCUUAACCUUUAAAGUUAAGUUAAUGUUUAAAAAUUUAAUUAUUAAAAAGUAUGUGAUUAAUAGUACAAAGGUGCAGGUUCACUGGACAGAAUAAACAAUAAUAUUCCCUGGAGAAGGGGAACAAGAGGAACAAAGGACAAAAACAAAUCUCCGAACACAACUAGGAAACUGGUGUGCGCUGAAAAAAUCUGCCUGGUCCUUGUAUCGAACCAGGGACGUCUUCAUUUCCAGUGGAGUACUCUACCAACCGACUUAAACAGGAGUUAGACGUCAGUAGAGCAGACAGAUUUUAUCAGGUACCACCAGUCUAACACCAACAAAGGUGAAUGGCCUAUAUUUUUAAGUUUAUGAUAUUAGUGCAAAGGUGUGGACGAGCUGAACAGAAUAAACAAUAAUAAUCCCUGGAGAGGUAGAACAAGAGGGACAAAGGACAAGCACAAACCUCCAAACUCAACUAAGGUAACUGGUGCGCGCUGAAAAAGUCAGCCGGGUCCUGGUAUCGAACCAGGGACCUCUCCAUUUCCAUUGGAACACUUUACCAACCGAGCUAACCAGGAGUUAGACGUCAAUAGAGCAAAUGGGUUUUAUCAGCUGCCUGCACGGCCUGCAUUUUUAAGGUUAUCAUCUGUCCAGCUUGCCUGCUCUUUGCAUUAAUAUCAUAACCUUAAAAAUGCAGGCCGUUCACCCUUGUUGCUGUUAAACUGGUGGCAGCUGAUAAAACCCGUUUGCUCUACCAAUCAGGGGCGUAGCCCAAAAUCCAGCCGACCCUAUAAUAUACACAUGCAUUUUGACCCCCCCUGCCCCUCUCUACACCCAAAGUCAUAAACAUCCCAGCCACCUCAGCCCCUUCCCCCCCCCCCGGAAAAAAUUCCUGGCUACGCCACUGCUAUUGACGUCUAACCCCUGGCUAGCUCAGUUGGUAGAGCACUGCACUGGAAAUGGAGAGGUCCCUGGUCCUAUACCAGGACCAGGCGGAUUUUUUCUGCAUGCACCAGUUACCUAGCUGUGUCUGACCUUUGUCCCUCUUCUCCAGGGAUUAUUGCUUACUUAAUUACCCAAUUAUACUCAAGGCUAAUCAUUUUCCUUAAUGGGCCCUUUGGUGCAGACCACUAUGCCAUCCACCUUUGUUUCUGUGUGAUGCGUAGUUUUUGCAGGAGUAAUUUGGCCCACAUUUCCAAAAGCACCCUGUAUAUAAAUGCUACACACACCAUGUAUGUGGAUGAUUCACUCAUUACAGCUAGUAUGUUCCUUCACACUAUCCAAAUGUUUGCAAACCUACAACUUGGUAUGCAAGUGUUUCCUGCUUCGGAAGGGUAGAUAGGCAAUAAACACUCAGUUUACGGUUCCCAGGACUAUGGAACUUGAAAUUUAGCUUUGAAUUUCUAAUUUAGACAGAUUUCAAUAACCAACACACACUCCCUGAAGUACACAAAGACGUAGCAGGGAAAAGCUUGGUGAAAUCAAUUAUAUUCUAUGUAUAUGAUAACUUGCUGCCAUUAAAUAUGUUGAUGCAACAUGUGCAACUUCA